AUUGACUAUUUUUAGAAUUGCGAUCAAUAUUUGUGUUUGGUUUUAGCAAAUCCCCUUUUUAACUUGCGUAAGACGACGUCUACCUUUGGCGUUGCUCCAACAACAAGACCUCUCUUAACAAUGGAGGAAACAACAACGUUUCGGGGGCUAAGACACCUUUUCAUGACCAUCUUCUUGCACGGAUUCUCCGUGUUCAUUGUAGUCCCGGUCAUUACAGACGUCAGCAUGGCGGCUCUAUGUCCCGGAAAAGACGAGUGUUCCCUCGCAAUUUACCUCUCAGGCUUUCAACAGGCUAUAACGGGUGUGGGGUCCUUGAUGAUGAUGCCGUUGGUAGGAAGCUUGUCAGAUAAGCAUGGAAGAAAAAGUUUACUCACACUUCCAAUGGCACUCAACAUUCUGCCUCUUGCUAUACUAGCGUAUAGAAGAGAGACGUCUGUCUUCUACAUCUACUAUGUUCUCAAGACUUUCACGUCCAUAUUUUGUGAAGGAAGUGUGCUCUGUCUCGCCCUUGCUUAUGUGGCUGAUAAUGUAUCCGAAAAUCAACGAGCUUCUGCAUUUGGAAUACUUACCGGAAUUGGAUCUUGCGCAUUUGUAUGUGCAAAUUGCUGUGCUCGUUUCUUAUCCACCACUGCUACAUUUCAGGUCGCGACAACAGUAGCAAUUUUUUCAACAGUGUACAUGAGAAUAUUUCUACCUGAUUCGAUCCGAGACAAUAGCUUGGUUACUUCCAUUGUUUCAACCGAGAAAUUGAGUUAUGCGUUACUUGAAGAUUACCCUGGACAUAGAAAUCAAAUAUCAAGAACAAUACGUUCUGUAAGUGAAAUGGCCUCUCUAAUGAGGAGCAGCGUUCCACUUUUUCAAGUCGCAAUGGUUUCAUUCUUCAGUAGUCUUGGUGAGGCCGGUCUGCAUGCUUCAUCUAUGUACUAUUUAAAGGCCAAGUUUCACUUCAAUAAAGACCAGUUUGCAGACUUGAUGAUCAUAUUUGGUAUUGCCGGGUCUGUUUCACAGUUGCUCUUCAUGCCCAUUUUAAUUCCUACUUUAAAAGAGGAGAAACUGCUCUCAAUUGGUCUUUUUUUCGGCUGUGCGCAUAUGUUCCUUCUCGGUAUGGCAUGGUCCGCGUGGGUUCCAUAUAUGGCGGCCAUGUUUUCACUUGUCUCUAUAUUUCCUCAGUCAUGUAUGCGGAGCAUUGUCUCCAAACAAGUAACAUCAUAUGAACAGGGUAAGGCCCAAGGGAUUAUUUCAAGCAUAUGCUCUCUUGCAAACGUCAUUUCUCCGCUUGCAUUUUCACCUCUAACAGGCUGGUUUCUCUCUGAAAGAGCACCAUUUGAUUUCCCAGGGUUCAGUCUUAUGUGCGCGGGGUUUACUAUGUACACUGCAGCUUGGAAGACAAGGCAGAGAAUCAAUGCUUCAGCUCGACGAAAGCAAUAUUUGGAGAGUGACCUAAUCGUUCCAUCCAGUGGUGGAGCCUGCGAAGAAGUAUGCAUCAAAAAUUUAAAAUUUAAUUUAAUCUAGGCAUAAAAAUUGCAAAAUAUCUUUGAUUAAUUGGUUAAAUCUCAGUAGUUUGACCCCGUGAAUAAAUAGCCAAUUUUAUAUACGCAAGUUAUCGACCCUAGUUGCUUCUUUUCCUAGUUCCGCCACUGGUUCUAUCCCAGUCCAGCGUGAUGUUUAUCAUAAGGUUGAUCAAUGCCCCAUUCCCUAUUCUUAUUCAAGUAGUCAACUUGUCUAUGAUUUCAAGCCACGUAAUGAAAGCAUGUCUGUGUAGGGCGGGCAUGAGAAAAACCAGACAAUCAAGCUCCGUGUAACAGGUGGAUGAUGUUCCCGAAGCUGUCGCCAAGUCUUUUUUAGUAUAGCACAAAAACGCCUCU